CUCAACUUGAACUACAAAGUUAGCUAGCCACAUUCCAACAUGUGAAAGAUACAAUUUCCGUGCCAGUCUCUGUACUGCGCAAGAUACGCAAUUCAAGCCAACAAUGGCAUCCACAUACAAGAAGAGAACUGCCAUUGUCGUCGGUGCAGGAGUAGGCGGCGUAGCCUCAGCAGCACGGCUUGCCAAAGCCGGAUACUCGGUCACUCUCCUCGAAAAGAAUUCAUUCACUGGCGGCCGCUGCAGCUUAAUCCACCACGAAGGAUACAGAUUCGACCAAGGCCCCUCACUCCUCCUCCUCCCCAAGCUCUUCAAAGAAACAUUCCACGACCUCGACACCUCGCUCGAAGCCGAAGGCGUGCAGCUCCUCAAAUGCGAACCGAAUUACAACCUCUGGUUCGGAGAUGGAGAGAGCUUUGAACUCAGCUCGGACACGAGCGUUAUGAAGAGGGAGAUUGAGAAGUGGGAGGGGAAGGCGGGGUUCGAGAGGUAUUUGCUGUGGCUUGGAGAGGCACAUAGGCAUUAUGAGAUUAGCGUCCGGGAGGUGCUGCAUAAAAACUUUACUUCGAUUUUCAAUUUGUUGAGGCCGAGCUUUUUGAUGCAGCUGUUUGCGUUGCAUCCGUUUGAGAGUAUUUACUCGAGGGCUGCGAAGUACUUUUGGACAGAGAGGUUGAGGAGAGUGUUUACGUUUGGUAGUAUGUAUAUGGGGAUGUCUCCUUUUGAUGCUCCGGGGACGUAUUCGCUGCUUCAGUAUACGGAAUUGGCGGAAGGUAUUUGGUAUCCGGUUGGAGGUUUCCAUGCUGUAAUAGCAGCUCUGGUUCGGAUUUGUGAACGGCUGGGAGUCCAGAUCCGUCUCAAUACGCCCGUUUCCUCCGUUCUCACAACAUCGGAUGGGAGGAAAGUUACAGGAGUACAACUCUCCUCAGGCGAGCAACUCAAUGCAGACUUGGUCAUCAUAAACGCCGACUUAGUCUACGCAUAUAACAACCUCUUCCCUACCUCGACCUCACACUCAUACGCCAAGUCCCUCCAAAAACGAGCUGGCUCAUGCAGUUCGAUCUCCUUCUACUGGGCCCUCUCAAAGCAAAUCCCAGAGCUUAACACACAUAACAUCUUCCUUGCAGAUGAAUACCGCGAAUCCUUCGAUUCAAUCUUCGACCGACAAAGUAUACCUCGCGAGCCCUCAUUCUACGUCAAUGUCCCUUCGCGAAUUGAUCCCACCGCUGCCCCGGAAGGAAAAGACUCAAUCGUCGUCCUCGUCCCAGUCGGACACUUGCUCAACUCCGCAACUUCAUCCUAUCCCGACGGCGACGCAACUGCAACUUCCGGCUCGGGAUUGAAGCCAGAGCAAGACUGGGCCUCCCUCGUAACUUCAACCCGCCAAAAGAUCCUCACAACAAUAGAAUCUCGCACCAACUGUUCUCCCAUCUCCCCCUUAAUCAUACACGAGGAGCUCAACACACCCACAAGCUGGGAAUCAACCUUCAAUCUCGACAAAGGCUCAAUUCUGGGGUUAAGCCAUUCAUUUUUUAAUGUUCUGGCGUUUAGGCCGAAGACGAAGCACCCAGAGAUUGAAGGGGUGUAUUUUGUAGGUGCUAGUACGCAUCCUGGGACAGGGGUACCGAUUGUGCUUGCGGGGGCGAAGAUUUCAGUUGAGCAGGUAUUGGAGGAUAGAGGUGAGACUGUACCAUGGGAAGACAAGGAAAGUGCAGUGAGGGAUCACGGAGUGGUGCAGUGGAAGGGGAUGAGGGAGUUGGAUCGGAUUGUUAGGAGAGGGGGCUUGCUGAGCGAUGUUGGGAUUGUUCUGUUGGCGGUUGUGGUUUUGGCAGCUACAUUGGGAUAUUUAAAUAGUGGGCUAGUGGUGGGUUGGGACCCGGAGGGGAAGAGGGGUUGGGGGAGUGGGAGGGUCUGAGGGGAUUGAAAAGAAGAGAGGCACUUGAACAGCGAGAGACAACAAACGUACCUGUCCACCUUUACAUCCCUCUCCAUCUCUUAAAGUACUCUUUCUUGAAGCAUGUAAUUAUUCUUUCACGCUUCUCAGUCACUCGCUCGCUCACUGAAACCUGCAUCGCAGGUCAACACUCACCAAAGGCGGACUUUGUG